AUGUCAGAUUUAGCCACUGAACGAACUGUUGCGAUUAAUGCAGUUUUGCAAGCUAGUAAAAUUUGUAAAAAUGCUUUUAAUACCCUUGUAACGAGUGAUACUCUUGUUAAAAAGGAUAAAACUCCCAUAACUAUUGUUGAUUUUAGUGUACAAGCUGUAGUAAACACUUUACUAUCUAAGGUGUUUCCAAAUGAUUUAAUUGUUGGAGAAGAGGACUCAAAGGAUUUACAAGGUGAUAGCGGAAAAGAAAUGAGAGAUAAAGUUUUAUCAUUAGCUAACUCUGUACUAGAAACUCCCUUGAUUGAUGAUUUAAAUAAUAGUUAUUAG